CACCGCCAUUUUGAGGAAUCGACCGUUUAGGCUGGAUCGUGUGGGGUUUCGGGAGGUCCGUUUGUCGAGAACCAAGUGUCUCGCGCCGGCGCCGGUCGGAGCGCGCUCGGAGCGGCCCAGCCAGAGCCCGCCGCCGGAGCAGCUCUACCGUGGCGCCGACGGGACCGGUCGUCACACGCUCUCUCGAUUGUGACCGGCGUUAGCGAGCGUCCUGUUAGCACGCCGCAACCUCACUUUGUUUGGCCAUGGGUGAUGCCGAUUUAGACCUAUAUGAAGAUGUUGACGACUUCAACAUCAAGGACUUCGGCGACACCGACCUCUACGAUGACGUGGUCACGGCGGACGGCGGCGAGGUGGAGAAGGCCGGCGGCGGAGGAGGAGGCGGCGGCGGCCGCAGCAACGGAGCCGCCGAUAAGGCCGAGCCCGGCUUCAAGCCGACCAGUUCACGCGGCGGCCGCCGCUACCAGCUGUACGUCGGCAACUUGACCUGGUGGACAACGGACGCGGACAUCUACACUGCCUGCCGUGAGAUCGGUGUCAAUGACCUGCUCGACAUCAAGUUCUACGAGAACCGCAUCAACGGACAGUCCAAGGGCUUCUGUAUGAUCUUCAUUGGCUCGGAGGGCAGCUACCAACAGUGCAUGGAGAAGCUGAGCAAGAAGGAGCUGCACGGCCAGCACCCGGUUGUGACCUACACCAACAAGCAGGCGCUGCAGCAUUUCGAGUCGCAGUCGCGGACCCGGCCGCCGAGUCAGCAGCAGCAGCAGCCGCCGUCUCACCACCAACCGCGCGAGCCGCGCGACAGCGCGCCGGCGCCGCACGUCAACCCGGCCUUCUUCGCGCCGAGCAGCCAGCCGCCUCCGGGGUACAGCCACGGCCCGCCGCCGGCGGCGCCGGCGCCGGCCGCCACCCAGCCGCCGGCCGCGCCCGCCGCGCCCGCCAUCAGCGAGGCCGAGUUCGAGGAGAUCAUGAACCGCAACCGCACCGUCUCGUCGUCGGCCAUCGCGCGCGCCGUCGCCGACGCCUCUGCUGGCGAGUACGCCAGCGCCAUCGAGACCCUGGUGACGGCCAUCUCGCUCAUCAAGCAGUCCAAGGUGUCGUCGGACGAGCGGUGUAAGAUCCUCAUCAGCUCGCUGCAGGACACGCUGCACGGUAUCGAGGCCAAGAGCUACGGCCGUAAGGAGCGAGAGCGGUCCAGGUCCCGGGACCGGGACCGCUACCACAGCAGUCGGCGCCGCGAGCGCUCGCGCUCCCGCGACCGCGAGCGCGACCGAUCGCGCAGCCGCGAGCGCUACGCGGACGAACGGCGCGACCGCGACAGGGAGCGCGAGAGUGCGACCAGAGCGGCGGUCGCUCCGCGCGGCAGCGGCGUCGGACCAAGUUACCCGCCGCUGGCCAGGCCGAAGAUCAGCGAGCCGAACCUGUCAGCGCGCUACUACGACGACCGGUACCGGGAGAAAGAGCGGCGCGACGACCGAUCUCGCGACGAGCGCGAGGUGCACCGGCGCGACGAGCGCUCGCGGGACCGCGAUCGCGACCGGCGCGACCCGCACUAGGCGGCGCCGCGGGCCCGGCCGGCCGGCCGGCACGGCCCGCUCCGGCGGCCGCUCCUCUCUGUCUCCCUGCCCGCUGCUCUGUCCGUUUUAUUCAGGCGAGGCUGUGGAUGCCUGGCGAGGCCUUGCGCGGGCCAGGCAAGGCCUUGCGCAGGCCAG